AUGCAUCGAAUCAAUCAGUUUCUCGCAUGCCUGGCUUUGAUUGCCACGACAACAUCAGCACUCGACUUACCCAGCAACGUUAAGGACUUUUACGACCAUGUCCGCGGCAAAGGUGAAUGCGGCAAGGUCUUGAAAGGCGGUUUUCACAGCACCGAUGGAGACAGUGGGGAUUUCGGAUACUGCGGUGACUAUUUGGACAACUACAAGAUCAUGUAUCUGCAAGGCAAGCGUGGGCGGCUAGUCAAUAUGGACGUCGACUGUGACGGCGCACAAAAUGCAGGAGAUGGCCGCUGCCAGAGCUCCACCGAUACCCAGUCUGAGACGACAUUCAGAAGCACUCUAAAGAGCUACGGCGUGGGUGACCUCAACGCCUACGUCCACCCAUAUGUUGUAUUUGGCAACGAAGGCACUCAGAAAGGAUGGCCUACGUUUGAUCCUCAAAAGCACGGCGUCAAGCCGCUGAGUUUGAUGGCUGUCGUAUGCAACAACAAAUUGGUUUACGGCAUUUGGGGCGAUACCAAUGGUGACGAUGGCCGUCAAGCUAUGGUGGGUGAGGCAUCUAUUUCCCUCGCAACUGCAUGCUUCGGCAACGGCAUUACCGGAAACUCCGGACACGAUGAAAACGAUGUGCUCUACCUCGCCUUCACCGGAGAUGAUGCGGUUCCCGGCGCAAGCGGGGCAAACUGGUCUGCCUCUACCUACGAGGAGUUCUCGAAUAGUAUUACUGACCUAGGCAACAAACUGGUGGAGCGUGUGGGUAGUGGUAGCAGCGGCAGAGCUCACGCCGACCAGUGGCUGAUGUUUACGGCUUGCUUUUUUGGGAGCAUCUUGAUCUUUAUUUGA